UAAAGGAGGGAGAGAAAAAGAAACGAAAGCAGAGAGGAUCUACCUGCUUGACCGUUUUCAUUAAUAUUGUCCAUCUGUUAUUAUUACACUCCUGCUGCUGCUUCUUCAUGGAGCCUUUGAGAAGGCGCUUCCAUCGCAGCGUCCUUAGCCUUCUCCGGGCCUCGGCUCAGAAUCUUAUUUCUAAAUACACAAAAUACAAUUGGGGGAUGAUAGAGGAAGCCGAGCAGGUGGUGGGUUCGAGGGGAAGCGCCCGCCCCCCGCCCCCGACUCACAGGUCUGUGUGGCUUCUGGCAGGUAAAAGCUGACAAAAACAGCAGGAACUUAAGCAGACUUCAGGAGUGCUCAAGGGCGGUGAACGAGAUGGCCGCCAACGUGGUGGCCUCUACCAAGUCGGGCCAGGAGCAGAUUGAAGACAAAGACACCAUGGACUUCUCGGGCAUGUCACUGAUCAAGCUGAAGAAGGAGGAGAUGGAAACUCAGGUGAAGGUGUUGGAGCUGGAGAAGACCCUGGAGAGCGAGCGGAGGCGCCUGGGGGAGCUGCGCAAGAGGCACUACGCCCUGGCCGGCGGCGGCAUGGACGCCGCGGCCGACGACGAGCCGCUCGGCCGCCCCGUGGCCAGCCCUCGAAGGGGGAUCCUGAAGAAGCCCCCGCUCGCCCAGAAGCCCACCCUGGUGCCCAAGCCGGACUGCCAGGUACCUUGGAAGCCGUGGCUCCCCGGAUAGAGGGCCGGCCGCGGGCGCCGUGGUGGAGGGGGAAGAUGGCGGGCCGGAGGCGGGAGAGCCGCGUUCAGAUCCUGCGUCUGGCGCUGCCUCGCCGGCGUCCUUAGGGAAGGCGCUUUCCCACCUGUACAAACGGAGACAAUAGAGACUCCGGACGGCCUUUUAGCGGGGCUGUCGGCGAGGCUCGGGUGAGAGUCUGUGCAGAGCUCCGGAACGGCGGCCCGGCCUGGGCUCCGGACACGGGAAAAGGCGCCGCCAGGCUGGGACUCUUAAAAACCACCUCCGGCUCCAGGCCGGCUCUGCCGCCUGCCGCAUCCGGCCCUCGCAUGGACGCUGGCGGACCGCAACUCCUUCCUCUGGGAUCCUUGUAGAGUUCCUGGUCCAGCAGGGGGCGUCUGCCCUUCUCUUCCCGUCCCCAGCCAUGAGAGUGGGAGCCUCCGGAGGAAGAACCGCCGUCUGUCCCCUCCUCUGCCUCUCCCUCUCCAUCCUCUCUGCCUCUCCCGUCUCUCUUGUCU